CAUUUCAAACACAAGGCCACAAAGAAAAGUAGAUAAAACUUUCAAUAAACAGACCCAAAAAAAAAUCUUGACCGUCUUAGCUCUCUCAGACACAGACUAUGCACACACAUAUCUCAGUAUAGAUCCAAACAAUGGCCACCACAGUCAAACCACUAUCUUCUGCAAUUACUUCACCAUUGAAACAGAGCAUUCCUUCUUUGGCUCCAUGGACUUCCUGCAAAUCCAUUGUAGAUUCCACUACUUCUUCUAUUGCUUCUGCUUCACAAUGCUUGAGCCGGCGAGGACACGUCUCGGUAUCUGUUGCAUUCAAUCCAUCUGGAAAUUUUGAUCUCUCUCUCUAUGAUGAUGAAGAUAAUGCAUCAAAAGUGCCACCACCAAUGCCACCAUCAGAAGGGAGAUUUGAAGUAGUAAUUGAUAAUGAGGUUAUUCACAGCCUUGAUUUAACCCCUUUUCAUGCUGCCACUGGAAUUACCUCUCCUCUCUCUGUUGAUCCGAAAGAGUAUCUGGAUCGUAUGAUUGGAUUUACAAUAAAUUACAAGAGAGAAGAUGAGUAUGAUCCAAGGGAACUAUCAGAAAUACCAGAAAUAAGGCUAUGGUUUGUCAGACUUGAUGCGGCUUAUCCAUGGUUACCUGUUUUGCUGGACUGGCGAGCAGGAGAGCUUGCUCGUUAUGCAGCCAUGUUGGUUCCUCACCAGAUGAGUAUGAGAAUGGGUAUAGUGUUCAAUCCAGAGGCACUAGAAUUGUUCAUCAUGAAGAAAGUGUUCAUAGUCUAUUCUUGGUUCAAGCAACAUAGCAUUCCAAAGCCUAGAUUGAAGGCAAGUGACAUGGCCAGGAUGCUUGGGUUUGGGAUUGGAGAUGACCUAUUCAACUUGAUUGAUCAACAUCCAUCAUAAAUAAUUGAAGACUAUCCUCUAUAACUACUUAUUUAUUACACAACACAAGGAUUGCAAAUCAGGUCAAUAUUAUCACUAGAGCUCAAAUUAAUUUGGUGCAGGAUUUUGUGUCUAAAUUUUUCUAUUCGUCUAUUUCAAUGUACUUUCAAUUGCAUGAUUAUGUAUCUUGAUUUUCUUGUCGUGAGAUUUCUACCUCAUCAUGUAAUUGAGAGUAUAUUGAGACAUGGAGAUCUUUUGUAUAUAAAAUUUUCUGUCAUAUUGUUUUAAUGCAUUUUGAGUCACACAAUCUUGAGAUUUUUUAGUCUCAAAA